AGUUUUUCAAACAAACAACGCCAUUCUACAUCCCACAACGAAUAUCUAUGAAAAACUAAAAAUUUCUAAAAUCUUGUCUAAAUGUAGCGUUUCGUAAAAAUUUUUCCAUCAGGGAAGUCAUCGUUUGUUUUGAAAUCAUUUGAGAAGAAAGAUUGUUCCAUUUCAACUGACAAACCUGUUUCGCGAGAUGGUACAGCCAGAAGCAGUGAUCAUAAGGAACGCCGUAAAGCAUUAUAAGAAAGGAUGGUUAGUGCUUGAUGGUCUAAAUAUGACCGUUUUGAAAGGUUCUAUAUAUGGAUUGUUAGGUGCCAGCGGGUGUGGUAAAACCACCCUACUGUCCUGUAUCGUUGGGAUUCGACAUUUAAAUAGCGGAGAAAUAUUGGUCUUAGGGGAAAAUCCGGGAAGCGAAAGCUCUGGCAUCCCCGGAUCUCGAGUAGGUUACAUGCCGCAAGAGAUAUCCUUAGUGGUAGAAUUCUCUACGAGCGAUGCCCUGUAUUAUUUCGGUAGAAUUAACGGACUCGACGAUGAAGAGAUCGACAUGAAACAAAAAUUCUUGUCGGAGUUGCUUCAACUACCCCCAGCAAAUCGCCUAGUGAAGAACAUGAGUGGAGGUGAGCAAAGAAGAGUUUCCCUUGCCGCUGCAUUGUUGCAUAUGCCUGAAAUUCUAAUUCUUGACGAACCCACUGUGGGCUUGGAUCCAAUUUUGAGAGAAAACAUUUGGGCCUAUUUGAUUCAGAUCACAGAAGAGAAUGGUAUUACUGCGUUAAUCACGACGCAUUAUAUUGAGGAAGCUAAAGAUGCUAAUCGAAUUGGUUUGAUGAGAUGUGGUAAAUUAUUGGUGGAAUCGACGCCUCAAAAAUUGUUGAAUCAAUUUCAAUGCUCAUCCUUGGAGGAAACCUUCCUGAAACUGUGCGAGGCCCAGAAUAAUACAGUUACUCUGAAUGAAGCUCAGGAAUCCAAAGUGGAAUGUAUCAACAGCAACGGCUUGUACCAAAAUGAAAAUAAAUAUGAACAAACAAAAGUAUAUGCAGGGACAAUGUCGAAGUACAGAGCAGUUUCGGAACGUCGAGUUUCACGAUUGAGAAGAUUCAAAGCUCUGUUGAUAAAAAACGGAAUACAAUUUUUGCGUCAUUAUGGAGGAUUAGUUUUUGCAGUAUUAUUCCCAAUAAUCGAAAUCUUCGCAUUCGUUAUGGGAGUUGGUCAGGAUCCGAAAGAUUUGAAGAUUGGGAUUGUCAACAAUGAAGCUGGCAACUGCGAUAACAGUAUCAACUUUGGCAAUAUUUGGAAUGAUAGGAUCACCUGCUACUUUGGUAACCUGAGUUGUAGAUUCCUGCAUAAUUUUGACUCGAUCGCGACACAGAAAUAUUAUAACGACGUUUCCGAAGCAAAUAAUGCUGUACAAAAUGGAAAACUUAGAGGUUUAAUAUAUUUUAGUCAAAACUUUUCCGAAGCUCUGCAGAUACGAGUGGAAGAUGCCACUUUCGUGAAGGAUUCCGAUUUACUCGCCAGUGAAAUUCAAGUUUUCCUUGAUAUGAGUGAUAGACCAGUUGGUUUUUUCCUGCAAAUGAAAUUAUUCAAGCGUUUUUUAGAGAUUUACGAGGAUAUCAUGAGAGAAUGCAAAUAUUCGUCAAAAUUAGCAGACCCGCUCAUUCGUUUCGAAGAACCUGUUUAUGGUACGACAGAUCUUAAUUAUGCAGAUUACAUAGCACCAACAUUCAUGACGACACUUAGCUUCUAUUUAGCUAUUUCAGUCUCUAGUACCUUGAUAAUUAGAGAUCGAUUGGAGGGAGUCUGGGAUCGAAGCGUAGUCCAAGGGGUCAGAACAGACGAAAUUUUGUUGUCUUACAUUCUUGUUCAGAGCGUCAUCAUAAUCAUCCAUACUACAAUGAUAACACUCUUAUUCUUUCCUAUAUGGAGUCUGGAAUGUAAAGGAUCGAUAUUUAUCGUAAUCGUUCUUAUGUUUCUUACGGGUUUUUGCGGAUUGAUGUGUGGUUUCGUCAUCUCUGUUAUGUUUAAAACUUUCUUUAUGGCUUUUACUUGUGCGAACGGAAACAUGGUCCUGCUUUUAUUUCUUAAUGGAUCUAUGUGGCCGAUAGAAGGAAUGCCAAAAAUGCUUCGCUGGUUGAGCUAUGUAUUGCCAACUACCUUGUCCUCUAUAUCUAUGAGAGGAAUCAUUUACAAAGGUUAUUCCAUAUCUCAAUCACAAGUUUAUGUUGGUUUUUUAACAAAUAUAGGAUGGAUAUUACUUUUUUUUAUUGUGACUAUGUUUGGUGUAAGAUCAAAAUCAUGA